GAUUGGGGCUAUCAACCAGACCUCGUUGCUGAUACACACGUGACUGCAAAUCCUGUACUUAGUUUCACUUCGGUAGUAAUUGGAAUCAAAGCGCUCUACAACCUCAAUGACUGA